AUCCACGAGCGGUACCACCUCGACUCGGCAGGAGCCACGAACGGCAUCGCGGCGCUCGACUUUGGCCACUGCGUCUUGGGCUUCGCCAUCGCGCGCGAGACGCAGACGGUGGCUCGGCGGCGCGACCGCGCGCUCUUCGACUUUCUCGAGGCGUCGCUCCGCCACCGCUCCGACAUGGUCAUCUACGAAGCGGCCACCGCCAUCUGCUCGCUCACGUCGGUGGCGCAGCGCGAGCUGUCGCCGUCGAUCACCGUGCUGCAGCUCUUCCUCUGCUCGCCAAAGCCGGCGUGCCGCUUCUCCGCCGUGCGCACGCUCAACAAGAUCGCGAUGGCGCACCCGAUGGCGGUGACCCCCUGCAACAUGGACAUGGAGGGCCUCAUCAAAGACUCGAACCGCUCCAUCGCCACGCUCGCCAUCACCACGCUGCUCAAGACGGGCUCCGAGUCGGGCGUCGAGCGGCUGAUGAAGCAAAUCACAAGCACCGGCUGCUCAUGA